AUCGUUUUUGGUGGCGAGCAACGUGACAGGCUUAUUGCGAAACUCCACGGAAACUAAAGUUCAGUGUAGUGCCCAGUACAUGGCACUUCAUCAUUAGUUUCCAUUCGUUUAUCAUUCCAGCCUUAGCGCCUUCCAAGGUUGUACAUUGAAACUGGACUUUGGACUCUUCUUCUUUUUAAAGCAGAUUUCAGACAUAAUCAGCAGAGGCCUCUUAGAUAAGACUCUACAGACAUAAAAAUGGGGGAAUGGGGCUUUCUCUCAAAGCUCCUGGACAAAGUGCAGUCCCACUCCACGGUCAUUGGGAAGGUGUGGAUGACCGUUCUUUUCGUCUUCAGAAUCAUGGUUCUCGGAGCCGGUGCUGAAAAAGUGUGGGGAGACGAACAGUCCAAAAUGGUUUGCAACACCAAACAGCCAGGUUGUACAAACGUCUGCUAUGACCAUGCUUUCCCAAUAUCCCACAUUCGCUUCUGGACCCUCCAGAUCAUCUUCGUGGCAACGCCGACUCUCAUGUAUCUCGGGCACGUUCUGCACGUCAUCCAAAAGGAGAGGAAGCUGAGGGAGCAUCUGAAAAGCCAAGCGGAACGUGUCAAACUACCCAAAUACACUGAUGACAAGGGUAAAGUUGAUAUUAAAGGUGAGCUGUUGGCUAGCUACAUGACCAGUGUGGUGGUCAAGAUCUUGCUCGAGUCAGCUUUCAUAGCUGGUCAGUACUACUUGUACGGCUUUGUGAUGGUGCCCAAAAUCGAAUGCACCCGAUACCCAUGUCCAUACACUGUAGAGUGCUUUAUGUCUCGGCCUACGGAGAAGACGGUCUUCAUCAUCUUCAUGCUGAUUGUGUCAUGCGUGUCGCUGCUGCUGAACGUAAUCGAGAUUUUCUACCAUUGGCUACAGGUCAAAGAAGCAUCAUGCAAAGAUGACCUUAAAGCAAAGACACUUGUACCUUCCUGGAACUGAAGAAAGCAGCAAAGCCUAAAAGAACAAAAAGAGUGUCAACCCUGGACUCAGUCAAUUAACCAUAUCAGCAUGUAUUUAAAGGAAUAAAUAAGCAUUUUUGAGCUGAUCUCUAUUUGCAGCAUCUGUAGUAAUAAAUACGCUUUGCCUUGAACAAAGUA